ACAUCGGUACUAGUUACGCACCGCUUCGUGUUUGACCAGUUUUUUUUUCCUAUUUUUUUAAUUUAUCAUUCUCCAGUGCAGUGAGCGAUCUCAUGCUGUGCAAUGUUACGGGCACCUACCGAAGGAUUCCUCAAAUAAUGAGAAAAAAAUGUAUCGAACAAUAGCAAGGGAAUGCAGUUUGUUUUGAUUUAGGAUAAUUCGUUGCUGUUAAAAAGCAACAAGAAGGCUUUUAAAACUUGUGAUUCAGAGCAUAAAAUUGCUCAUGCUAGCGGUCAAGAUAAUUACCUCAAAGCUACAGAGAGUCCCUAGUCCAAAGGUGUAAUUCCGAAACAAUAAAGAACUUUCAUCGCCCUUAAAAAAUCAUCCGAUUUAAUCAAUCGAUCUUGCUACAAUUGACCGAACAAAUCAUCAAUCAACAAACAGAGACGCAGGAAAAUAACUGCAAUCCCACUCACAAAACCUAACUUUCACUGCUGUUCCACCCAUCCCACUUCCCCCCAUCCGAACGUUAUAUAAACCCAUUUCGUGCACUAAUUAUCGGUAUCUAUGGCCGAAGUAUUUGACCAUAAAAUGAACCUCUGGAAUUUCAUCCCAAGAAUCUCGACGAUUGUGUACCAAGUGCGCACCAGUGAAAAUCCGAGAAAAUCCUAGGGCAACUGAUUUCGAAGACAAAAAAUCGUUUCCAGGAAACUGAGUUUUUUCCUCUCUUAUUGCUUCACAAUUCAUUAUCUGAUCGUCACGCAGUCGAUUGGUUCAUCAACUGGUUAUUCCGGGAGUUGAGUUCUUCAGUCGUGUAGUGCCUUUGAAAUUGCCGAUAUAGAAUAUAAAAUUGGUGUUUCAAGGCAAUUUCUUCGGACACCUAAUCGGAAGCCUAAUAUGUAUUGUGCAACCUGAGUUGAAGAAAAACAGGAAAAAUGAGAAACGGUCAGGCCCAACAAACGGUAGUGAUGGCACCGCCUCACCUCAACGGAUCGGCGCAGUUCAUUUCCGGCGGAUAUGUCGGUUACAUGCCCCGUCAAUCCUGGCCGUAUCCAUCGGCCCAACAGCAGCAACAACAACAACAACAACAGAGUCCAAGGCGCAACGGUGGCAGACCACUGUCUCACCCACCUCCACCGCCAACGGUGCAACAACGCAACAAUGUCACCAAUGGUAGCCCGCAUCAGCUCAAGAGUAAUUCACUUCCGCGAUCGCGAUUCGGCACGCAAACAAGAAGCACGACGCCCUCGAAGGUAGAUCCCGAGCUGAUAUUUACGAAGCAGGAGAGAAUUGGAAAAGGCAGUUUUGGAGAGGUCUUCAAGGGGAUUGACAACAGGACACAGCAGGUUGUUGCCAUUAAAAUCAUUGAUUUAGAAGAGGCUGAGGAUGAGAUCGAGGAUAUACAGCAGGAGAUUAUGGUACUGUCGCAGUGCGACAGUCCAUAUGUCACGAAAUAUUAUGGAUCCUAUCUUAAGGGCACCAAGCUAUGGAUCAUCAUGGAGUACUUGGGUGGCGGUUCCGCUUUAGAUCUCAUGAAGGCCGGAAGCUUUGAGGAAAUGCAUAUUGCCGUUAUUUUGCGCGAGGUACUCAAAGGCCUUGAUUAUCUCCACAGCGAAAGGAAACUACAUCGAGACAUUAAAGCUGCAAAUGUACUGCUCAGCGAAAUGGGUGAUGUGAAACUGGCGGACUUUGGGGUCGCUGGACAAUUGACAAACACAACGAGCAAGAGGAAUACCUUCGUGGGGACUCCGUUUUGGAUGGCGCCGGAAGUCAUCAAACAAUCGGCCUAUGAUUCUAAAGCGGACAUUUGGUCUCUGGGCAUAACCGCGAUAGAGCUCGCCAAAGGUGAGCCUCCAAACAGUGAACUUCAUCCAAUGCGAGUUCUCUUCUUGAUCCCCAAGAAUAACCCUCCCCAGCUAACCGGAAAUUACACAAAACAAUUCAAAGAGUUUGUCGAAGCCUGCCUCAACAAAGACCCUGAGAACCGUCCCACCGCGAAAGAGCUCCUAAAGUUCCAAUUCAUUCGCAAAGCGAAGAAGAACUCCUAUUUAAUCGACCUGAUCGACCGCUACAAGAAAUGGAAGUCCCAGAGAAGCGAAGAGUCAGAGACUGAAAGUGAGAACUCCGACUCCGAGGACUCCAAACAGGACAGUGAUCUGGAUGAGCCCUGGAUAAUGACUGUGAAAGGUCCUCACGGUGGUAAAUCUCCAAUGAUGCCCGUUUUGCCCCAGAUGGAGGAUCAGCCAACCUUAAGCAAUUCCUUGAGCAAUUCGUUGAGCAAUAAUACCUCCAAUCAUAGUACAGAUAAGGCCCACGCGAAUGGUGGAACAACCUCGCCUCCUCAAGACCCGUUAGAAUCCCCAAUAUUUUAUUACGAUAAUGAAUCUAGAGAUUCAUUACAUGAAACUCUACUCAGAGAUGACAAUACGCCGUCCCAACAGAAUCCAUUGCAGAGUCCAAUGCAAAAAUCAACAGUCUGGUGUGAUACGAGUGAGGAUCGUCAGUUCAGGGACUUUAGACAGCAGAAGAAGCCACAGGUGCGUGAAAAUAAUACACCUAAGGCUCGGAGAAGUAAGCCCGAUGUGCCUGUUGUGCCAAUGGAGGACAAACAGCGACCAAGGAGCUCACAGGAGCCCAAACAUGCUCGCAGUCCUACUCUUAUUUCACUUCUGUUUCCACUUCUUUCGGAACUUCAACGCAAGUAUCAAUAUUCGACGAGGGACAAUAAUGGAGAGGGUACAGGGGGACGAGCUGGUGGAGCUGUCGAGGAGUUGAGGAGUGCGUUCGAGCUAGCUGAACGCACGUCACCCGGAAUUAAUGAGGCGCUGGUUAGGGAAGUUCUCAAGGCCUUGCUACCAGCUAAUCAUUCGGAAAGUAGGUUGUCGCUGAUCAUGGAGAAGAUUACGUUGAGGGAUACGUAGGAGAAGGUUUGGACAAAAGUCCGUAAACGACUGUGGAUUGAAAGCACCUUGACAUUAUGAAUGGAUUCUCGUCUUUCGAUUCGAACUCCAACCAACUGGGAUAUCUCCAAACCCACCACAAGUGUACUUGUGCUUCGACGAAUUCACGAGAGCAAUCGUGUGCCAGCGGUCUAUCCGAAUUCCUGCCUAUAUUUAAAAAAAUCCGAAAACCGAAAAAAAAUACAAAACUGCAAAAAACGUAAAAAAAGUGGAAAAGUUGUGAUGAAAAAAAAAAUAAUAAUAAUGGCUCGGUCUGUGCAGUUGUGCGUUCGUUUAAAAUAAUGCCAGGUUCUCCAUUAUAUUCUCUUCAUUUUAAUUCUUUUCUUUGGUUGUUUGUUUGCACUCGUUAAUGGGUGAGAGGAAAAGUUUUAGGAACGUUUAUCACGUUACGUUUAAACUCGAGCAGCAACCGAGGCUGUUAUAGAGAAAAACGAGGCAAAAAUCCAGGCAUUAUUGUACACUGGAAAUGAAAAGCCAUGUAAAUAUGUAUGUAGCUCGAUAAGAUAUACUUAUUGUUAUGGUCGACAAUGUUUCGACCGAUUUCCCCCUUCCCGUGUACCUCACGCGAGUUCCAACGUGUACGGGAGUUUUGUUCAAAACUAGAAGAAGAGAAAAAAACGUUUAACAAAAUUUAUAGCGUUAAAAUCGUCGGAAGAGUCAUUUUUUUCCUUUUUCCCCAAGUUAUUGACUUUUUGCUAGUGUUAACUAAUUUUUUGUGUUUUAUUUUUUUUUGUUUUAUUCUCCGGUUUUUUUCGCAUUUUCCUUUGAGAGUUAAUGAAGAACUAUUAACGAAUUCAUCGUUUGAAUUUACGUAGAUGGAGGUGGGAUUUGAGGUGAAAGAGUGAAAAGGGAUGGAAGUAAGGGAAAAGUUGGAGGGAUUUGUUGCUGAUGUCUUGAAAAGUCUUGAUAUUUUCUCGUGGCUUCAGUUAUUAUCGGAAGAAUUUUAGAAUUCAGUGAAAUAUGCAUUGAAGUAUGAAAUCAUUAAUUGAUCCAAUACAUGGAAAAUUAAUAAGUGAAGUUUGUAGAGGAAAAUGUCGAAAGAUCUUCUUUCCAAUGACGUAAAUUCUCUACGAAAAAUAUUUCUCGACGUUUUUAUAUAGAUCUAGAAGGUUCAGAGAUAUUGGAAAAAUAAUCCUGAGAAAUUCUUCUAGAUUCUAGGUUCAUCUCUUUUCGCCAUUUCACUACUGAAAUGAAAGUAGGAAAUAUUAAACCAGAAUUUGAAAGGGUGAGAGCGUAGAAAAAUGUCCCCAGUGACAUUACAUAACUGUGAGUUUUAUCAGUACCACGUGUAGUAUUCUGUAAUGAGACUAGUGAAUGGAUAAUUAACAUUUUUGGGAGGUAGAGAGGUAUUUUUUGUGAUUAGCGAGGAUAAUUAAAUGGAAAAUUCAUGAAACUGUAGAUAAUCGAAGGGAGUUAUCAUCAAUUAUUUUAUUAUCUAUCAUUCCUGCUAUCUUAUGAUCUUAACUUAAGUAACUACGAGGAAAAACCACUUCAUUAAUCCAAUUAUCAGUCAUUGUUUAACGGUCAUAGGAGAGUCCUUUAAAAUUUCUAACAUUUCCUCUACCCUCUCACCCUCAUUGUAUUUCGGCUUGUCCUCCUCAAUAUCUACUUAUUAAAAAGAAUUUCAUCCAGAAGGCAAAGAAUGAAAACGAUUCUCAAGUGAAAUUUUUAAAGCAAAUCAGAUAUACAAUGGAAUGUACUUCAUAUUCCCAGGAAUAUCUCAGACAAGAAUCAUUUGAGGUAAAAAUGGCAAAAGAUUUUUUUCGUAGCUGACAAAAUUCUCUUUAGAAAAUGUUUUUUGAUAAUUUUCUCUAACAUGACUACCGAGAUGAUAUGACAAUUUCUUGGCAAAAAAUGCAAAAGAAUAUAGUCUUUUACUGAGUAUGCUAUUGUCUUAGGAACACCAAUUUCAGGAGAAAAAGUCUAAAGACUUUUUAUGGAGCAGAAAAAUUUCUUUAUGAAAAAAUGCUUCUGACAUUUUCCUCCAAGUCCACUUGUUCUCCCGAUAUUUACGAAAACAUUUGCAUGAAAUUUUGUGAUUCAUCUUCAUAUACAAUUUCACUACUGAAUUCCAUUUUGAAUCCCAAUUCUAAUUUUCUAAUCAACUUCCUCUUUGUUCCUCAUAAGUGGCCAUUACUAUUUAUUAUUUUCCGCAAACAUGUCAAGUAGUGUUCAUACGAAGCACUGUGGAAAAUAAAAGAAUUAAAUCUCUUGCAUAUUGAAACCCAUCGAAUAAUCAACAAUUGUAAUUCAGUCGGAUUUAAAAAUCAAGGAGAAGUGAGAAUGAGAGAGUGAGAAAAGCUGUAAAAAAAUGAGAUAGAGACUAACGUGGUAGUAAUAAUGGAGGACAAAAAAUGGGGUAGAUUUGCAAUUUAUGUAUAUAUUGUAUUUUGCAAUCUACGGCUGCGUUGGAAUGUAUUAUAUAUGGUUAAAGGGGUUCAUUCAUAGGAGAUUCCAGUGGGAAAAAAAACACGUAUGAUUAGGUAUUUCGUUUGGACAGGCAUGUACAAAUCUUAAAAGAAAAUGAGAAAACGAAAAUAAUAAAUCUGUAUUGAUUCUAUUUCA